CUUUUUUCUAGUGCCCCUGCUGCAAUCCAACUAAUUUCUCCUUGGUAGUAUUGGUGCCUAUAUUAGUGAUAACUGUGGUGCUACUUACGCCCCCCAUUUUGUUUCCACAUUUCGAUUCGAAUAAUAAAGGUUAUUUUUCAGAAUUUCAGUUGGUGUUUUCAUUGAUACAUGGCAUGUCAUCAAGUGUCACAUUAUCAAAUUCAAUCUCUAUGGAGGACUCUCUUUCACUUAGGGAGUAAUAUACGGGUCCUUCAAUCCCAUGGGAGCAGUUUUCAUUUACGAAAGUUACAUCCCAUUUGUUCAUUAUCCACAUCUCUUGUUAAUAGGGGUUACUGCAGGGCCAUUUCUGCAAAUAAUAUUGAAACAGAACGCAGAGACGUGCUUUUUCAUAGGUCAGCCACUAUUGAUCCUAGCAGACUCAUGCUCGUUGAUGGAACCUCAAUAAUAUACCGAGCUUAUUACAGACUCCUUGCUAAACUGCACCAUGGUCAUCUUUCACACGCUGAUGGCAAUGGAGAUUGGGUCCUGACUAUAUUUACAGCAUUGUCACUUAUUAUUGACGUUCUGGAAUUUCUUCCUUCACAUAUAGCGGUUGUUUUUGAUCAUGAUGGAUUUCCCUUUGGUCAUACGUCUCUUUCAACCAAACAAAAUUUUGUUGCAAAAGGCCUGAAUUUUCGUCACAAUAUGUACUCCUCUUACAAAAGCAAUCGUCCACCAACACCUGAUACAAUUGUUCAAGGGCUUCAAUUUUUGAAAGCUUCCCUCAAGGCCAUGUCUGUCAAGGUGAUUGAGGUGCCAGGUGUUGAAGCAGAUGAUGUUAUUGGAACCUUGGCUGUUAGGAGUGUGGAUGCUGGAUUCAAGGUGCGAGUUGUUUCCCCAGAUAAAGACUUUUUCCAGAUUCUAUCUCCUUCAUUACGGCUUCUACGAAUAGCUCCUCGUGGAUUUGAGAUGGUCUCAUUUGGAAUGGAGGAUUUUGCUAGAAAAUAUGGAGGAUUGAAACCUUCUCAGUUUGUUGAUUUGACCUCACUUAUGGGUGAUAAAUCUGAUAACAUACCAGGAGUUCAUGGGAUUGGAGAUGUACAUGCAAUUCAACUUAUUACAAAAUUUGGUACGCUAGAGAACUUGUUGGAAUGUGUUGAACAAGUUGAGGAGGAGCGAAUUAGGAAGCUUAAAUCGACAGUUUGAUAAGCAAGCUGGCAAUGAAAGCUAUCCUCAAGCUGGCUUGAUGGAGAGUGUUGGAGUAUAGGAGAUUCAUCCAGCAUAUUACUAGUAACUACAUCAGUGUACAUUGUAUACAUGCUGAUUUUCAGAGAUUUGCUUGCUGUAUUAUUGUGCACAGACUUACUCAAAUCUUGUAAAUUGCAAUAGUCUCACUAUAAGUUAGCCUGUUUAGCUCCUAGUAUUAUGCUCUUUCCUCCAUCAGAAGUAGAUAUGUACUACAUUCUUUGACAGGAAGCAAUCAAAAAGUCUUCCGCAUAAUUGUUUCUCUCAUAAAUCUUAUAGUUAAAUUUACAUAAAUUCACUGGCCUUUUAGUAUGAUAUAUUGACGUUAUGAGGAAAUAAUAGUUUAUUUAUCCUUGGUGUUAAAUAGUAUAAAUAUGGGAAUAUUCCCAAAUCCCUGUAAUCAGGCAGUUCGAAGAUUGUGUAAGUUCUCUGUAACAACUAUUUAAUCUCAUUUGCUUGAUUUCCCAAAUAUUCUUCUCUUCUCCUUCUAAUUUCUCAUGGUAUCAGAACAUGACCUAUCCCAAUUUGUUGUUUACCGAUGUUUGGCCCCCAUAUAAAAUUGCUCGCGCUCCAGAUGUCCAACCUUGGGCGUGAAGUGGGGUGUUGAAGUGUCCCACGUCGGAUGAAAAAGAGAUGGGUGGUCUCCUUGUAUGGUCUUUGGGAAAUCCUCCCUCAUGAGCUAAUUUUGAGGUUGAGUUAGGCCUGUUCUUUAUAUGGUAUCAGAGCAGGUGAGGUCUUGGGAUCGAAUCUCACCGUCACCCAUUAUCAAAAAUAAUUGCACGUGCUUGGCCCAUGAAAAAAGAAUCAGGCCCGCGUGUGAGGGAGCGUGUUGAGAAUAUAAUUAAGUAAAUAAAGGUGUACUCUCUCUAAUAGCUUAAGCCUUUAGAUGAGAUGGUAACACACGUCAACAUGGUAUCAGAGCAAUCUCCUAAAGCAUGGUUGGGUGAUCCGUUCUUUACACUUGGGUUGGGAUCUGUGAUAAUACCUCUAACAAUGUCAAUUUGGCAAUAUGUUUUAAGUAGCUCCCCGGUUUCCUCUUCGAAAGGAACUCUUUUUAAUCUGAGAUCAAGAAAAUAGUGCUCAACUUUGCUUGAAUCCUUUCUUUUAAUCUCAAGAUAAGCAAAGAUUUGUAUUCAUUUAUUGAUUAUUCUUGUUUGUGCUAAUGAUUUCUUCAUGGAAUUAUGCAUAGUCCUCCCUUCUGUAUGUGAUUCCUUCCACAUCUUGGUUCUUCUACUUCUGAAGAUUAGGUGAGUGAUAAAUUAGGCACUUAUUUGACUAGUUAAUUUGC